UCAAUUAACCCAAACCCUAAUCGGACCAGCGACGCAUCCUCAAAUGCCAUUUGCUCCUUCGCGAAAUGACGCAUUUUGCCAGCUCAAAGUUGCAUUGUUGAUCGUUAAUGGGCAACUCAUGCCGCGGAUCCUACGUUGAGGGCAAGUACUUCCCCAGCUACAGCAGCGCCGGGCGCCCCUCUGACCGGUCCCUAUCCUCUUCCUUCUCUUCCGCCGGCUCCUCCUCCCCCAGCGGCGGUCACCGACAUCACCACCUGGCCGACCCCGACGCGCCGCCUCGCCCGGCCUCGCGGCCCAACCGCGACGCCAUGGCCGCAAACACCACGUGGGUGAUGGGCCACCCGACGGCGAACCUCCGCGACCUCUACAAUUUGGGGCGGAAGCUGGGGCAGGGGCAGUUCGGGACGACGUACCUGUGCACCGAGGUGGCAACUGGGAAGGCGUACGCGUGCAAGUCGAUCUGCAAGAGGAAGCUGGUGGCGAAGGAGGACCUGGAGGACGUGCGGCGGGAGAUCCAGAUCAUGCACCAUCUCUCUGGCCACAAGAACGUCGUGACCAUCAAGGGCGCGUACGAGGACGCGCUCUAUGUGCACAUUGUGAUGGAGCUUUGCGAAGGGGGCGAGCUCUUCGACCGCAUCAUUCAGCGCGGCCAAUACAGCGAGCGCAAGGCGGCCGAGCUCACCAGGAUCAUCGUCGGCGUCGUGGAGGCGUGCCAUUCGCUCGGCGUAAUGCACAGAGAUCUCAAGCCGGAGAACUUCUUGUUGGCCAAUAAGGAUGAUGAUUCCUCGCUCAAGGCCAUAGAUUUUGGUCUCUCGGUCUUCUUCAAGCCAGGUCAGAUCUUCACUGAUGUAGUUGGUAGUCCUUAUUAUGUGGCUCCUGAAGUAUUAGGGAAGCAUUAUGGACCAGAAGCUGAUGUCUGGACUGCAGGAGUGAUUUUAUACAUAUUAUUAUGUGGGGUGCCACCCUUUUGGGCUGAAACACAACAAGGGAUAUUUGAUGCAGUUCUGAAGGGAGUCAUUGAUUUUGAUUCUGACCCAUGGCCAAUGAUAUCUGAUAGUGCCAAGGACCUCAUACGAAGGAUGCUUUGUUCCCCUCCCGCGGAGCGUCUUACUGCUCAUGAAGUACUUUGUCAUCCCUGGAUUUGUGAAAAUGGAGUUGCUCCAGACCGUGCACUAGAUCCAGCUGUACUCUCUCGAAUCAAACAAUUCUCAGCAAUGAACAAGUUGAAGAAGAUGGCUCUAAGAGUAAUAGCUGAAAGCCUUUCAGAAGAAGAGAUUGCUGGACUCAAGGAAAUGUUUCAUGCAAUGGACACUGAUAACAGUGGAGCUAUCACAUUUGAUGAACUAAAAGAAGGUCUAAGAAAAUAUGGUUCAAAUUUGAAAGAAUGUGAGAUUCGUGCUCUCAUGGAUGCUGCUGAUGUCGACAACAGUGGCACCAUUGACUAUGGGGAAUUUAUAGCUGCCACAAUACAUCUUAACAAACUAGAGCGGGAAGAGCAUUUGGCUGCUGCAUUUUCUUACUUUGACAAGGAUGGAAGUGGUUAUAUCACAGUUGAUGAACUUCAGCAAGCCUGUAAGGAUCACAACAUCACCGAUGUUCUGAUUGAUGAUAUCAUCAGAGAAGUUGAUCAGGACAAUGAUGGUUGCAUCGACUUUGGUGAGUUUGUCGCUAUGAUGCAAAAAGGGAACAUGGGACAUGGAAGAUUAACCAUGCGGAGCAUGCGAAAUAGUUUGAACAUCAGCAUGAGAGAUUCUCCAGGAGCUCACUGAUCACUAGCCACACAGAAUUUGAAGUAACUUCCUUCCAGUUCUACUAGUUGGGAUAUUCUAUUUAGCCAUUACAAUCCAGUUGAGUUUGAACUGCUGAUAAUUUCCUGAGACGUCAUGACUGAACAGGGCAUUUGAAGUCAUUCACACUCUAAUGAACUGAAAAUUAUGCUACAGGGAGAAUGAUACAUACAUCCUGAAGUGAAGUUACAAGAAUUCAUCUCUAUGGAGCAAAUGUUUAUGUUUAUUUAUUCUCCUGCUGCUUUUUCAGGCUCAAUUUUGUUCAUUCAUUUUCUCAUUUAUAAUUUUAUUUCUCAUAAAACUAGAUUUAUUUUGUCGAUAAUCAUAACACAUCGAUCUCUGUUGUACAAUUGUAAGAUAUUCAUUAAUUAUAUUUAUAUCAUCGCGGGAUUUAUUGCAUCA